GACAUUUGUAUUUUAGUCAUGUCAAAUAUUAUUAUGAAAUUUUAAUUUUUGUGUUAUAUUCGUUGGUUAUAUUAUUGAAAAAACAAUCGUAUUUUGCAGAAAUAGAACAUAAAAAAGUGUACAAAUUGAUAUUUACUGGAUUUUUAUCAAAAAAUCAUCUGUGUAAUUAGAAAUGCCAUCGGCAGACGACAAACAAUUUACACAAGUGAUUCGUAAAAUUUUAAGACCGGGCACAACUAGGUCUAGCCAAGAUAAAUACAAUGGGAUCGAUAAGAAAAAAGAGAUUGAAUUCAAAACGCCUUCAGCUCCUAGACAACAAACUACAGGAACAAAAAGAACUGCUAAAGAGAGUAUGAUCCUUCUUGAAAACGGAUCAGGUAAAUUUCCAGCAUUAGCUGGAAUAAAGAAGCAGAGAAAAUCUGACAUAGCAAAAACAGAACUGGAUACAAAAAAGAAGAUUGAGAAACUUGAUAUUUUUAGUUCUUUGCAGCAAAUAAAAGAACAAAACUUGAAGUUACAGCCAAAAAAGCAAAUGAUAAAUUCAAAUGUUUGUGAAAGUUUUAGAAAGCAUAUAGAUUGUGUGGUUAGUAAAUGCGAGAGUAAUGGUACUGCAGAUAUUGAUAACCAAAUAUUAAUGACUCUAUAUCAAGAAGCAGCUGGACUUAACCAUAUUGGUAAUACAAAUAAAAUUAACGUAGAAAAAUUAGUAAAACUAUUAAAUUUAUUGGAAGCAAACAUUAAAGUAGGAACAAAAAUAUCACCCCUCUCCAACAAGGAUCUUCAAUUAUUUAGACUAUCAAUAGAACGAGUACUAGCAACCGCAGAUGCUUGUCUAAUAUGUAUGUACAUAAUGACUUCCAAAAACAUGCCGAAACGCGUUUAUUUGGAAGAAGUCAUACAUCGAAUCAUGCAGUACAUAAAUCAUAAUAUUACGAAUACAAUUCUCCCGGCAGUUGAUCCCACGUAUUCAGCAGAAAACAAAACUAAAAAGAAUAAUCAAGAUUCGAAGCUAAUCUCCGAGAAAUGUUUAAUUCUCUUGGGUGUCAAAAUCACCGAACUAGUCUAUUUAAUAGCGGAAUUAAUCGACUUUCUGACAUUAGAUGAAACGGCCAUCUUUCUUGCCUUCUCCAUAGGUGCUGCUACGUUUUGGGCGAAGAACGUGCAGAAUUUACAAAUAGCUAGCAUGAAUCUUGUCACUAAGCUAUUUAGAACAUAUAAAAGACACCAAACAGUAUUUUUGGACAACAUUUUAUCUUCCCUUAUGCUCCUUCCCACUACCAAACAACAUUUAAAAACGUAUAUAUUAAAAGACGGAAAAAAUAUAUCAAUAGUGAGCGCCUUGGUUGUGCAGCUAAUACAAUCCAUGGUUACUUUACCAGAGAAUCUCUUUCAGAAAAAUACCAAGACCAAAACCAAAACCAAAGACAAGGUCGAUAUUGACAGCCUUAUUUGCACUAAAUACAAAGAAGCAACUGCUAUGGCAGCUGGUUUUCUUACAAUUUUCUUUCACAGAUGCUUUAAAAUGCAAAAGAAUUCAGACCGUCGAUCAUUAUUCGAGAACUUCGUAGAUGAUCUGCUUUUGGUUAGAAAUAAUCCAGAAUUUCCAGGUACUGAUCUAGUACUAUGUUUGUUAGGAAAGAUGCUGGUGAAACUCUUUCUAAAUAAAAAUGAGCAAGUAGCUCUUAGAGUAGUUAGUUUGGAUUGUUUGAGUAUAAUAGCAGGUAAAUUGAGAAAAGACAAUGUCUUGUUUGCGUCUGAAAAAGCUAAUAUCGAUGAUAUGAUCAGUACAAUAAAGCGGAGGGAACAAAAGGGCAAUCAGAAAGAUGUGGGCAACAGAGAGAUUGAAGUCGACAUACUUCGUAACGAUGACAAAUUUUUGCAAAGCCUUCUACUGGAAUUUCUGGGCGUAAAUGGUCGACAGAAUGGUAUCUACAAAAAUGCCAGAUUAUUUUACUUAGUUCAGUGGCACAAAGAUCUCGCAACCAGAAAGUCUCAACUGGUGUUGGACCACAAAGAAGAAAGUGGUAAUAAAAAACGUAACUACAAGUCCAAAAGUAGUUCCAAAACAAAGAGUAAGUCUAAGGAUAAGGAAAACGUCCCAGAGAAAGAUCCAGAAAUAAUGCGAAUCGCGGAAAUGGAGAAGUUUCUUUUAGAAAAAAUCCAAGAGGUGCUUUCUCCAGAGUUCGAACAUCAAGCGUAUGAAUGUCAACUUGACUAUAACAGCGCAAAAAUGGUUGUUGCGCUCUUAGCUUCCAAGAGAUAUUUUUCCCAAAGCUUUGACCAGUAUUUCAAUGCGAUUUUGAUCGUUCUAAAAGAUGCUUCGAAUGUUCUAAGAACCAAAGGCUUAAAAUGUCUUAGCACGAUCAUUAAAACGGAUCCAACGGUUCUGGAAGGGAACGAUACGCAAUUGAUGAUAAGCCAGUCUUUCGUCGAUCCCUCUUCUUCAGUAAGAGAAGCUGUCAUAGAUCUAUUAGCAAAGUUUAUCUUGGACAAACCAGAGUUAAUAACCAAAUACUAUGAAAUGAUAUCCGCUCGAAUAUUAGAUACAGGAAUAAGCAUCAGAAAACGUGUGAUCAAGAUUUUAAACGAUAUUUGCCUAGAUUAUCCCGAUUUUGAGAAAAAUACAGAAAUUUGCGUAAAAAUAAUUCGAAGGAUCAACGAUGAAGAAAGUGUUAAAGAACUGGUGUUAAAAAUGUUCCAAAAUAUGUGGUUUACUUGUGCCUCGGGUUCAAAACUGUUCAAAAAGGUUACCAGCAUUAUUGAUAUUGUUAUUGCUUCAAAAGAAACGGGAUUAGAAAACUUUGAACAAAUAUUAGUCGAGUUAUUGGAACCGACAAAAGACAAAUAUAAUUCCUCGAAAUCAAAAACUGAUCAUCCUAACGAAAUUUUACGAGCUUCCCGCCAAAUUGUCGAUUUCCUGAUGGAACCUACCCUUCGUAAUCCUAACCAACACAACAACGAAUCAUCUGAAAGACUUGCAGCUGUCUUAAAAACUCUACAUAUUUUUGCCAAAAUAAAACCUAAGCUUCUAGUCCGACAUGUCAGCAAGUUUCACCGUUACUUGGAAUUACAAGAGACAUCUGCCAAUGAUAAUGGGAUCAUAGGAAGCGUUAUUGCUAUUCUAGAAUUAGUAGUUCCUUUAUCAGAAAAUCCGAGCGAGGUAUUCCUAGCACAGCUAGAAGAACAGAUCAUGAAGCUGCUUCUACGGUACGACAGAACCAUAGUUAACAGCUGCUUGUCUUGUUUAGCAGCGAUUUGCAACAAAAUUACUCACAAGUAUGAGACCAUCAGAGACUGCUUUAAUAAGUUCUAUAAUUACCUGCUGGGAUACAAAACUUGGGAAGGUGUUGGCAUGCCCACCGAAGAAUAUGCGAUAUGUAAAGCUGUAAUCAAAAGAUCUUUGUUGAUUGUUGGACUCCUGCUGAAGUAUUUUGAUUUUAAAGAUCCAGAAGUGUCGGGAGAACUAGCACCUGACACCACCGACCAAGUUUACCAAACCAUGUUAUGUUUUCUCCAAAAAGAUAGUAUUGAUAUUCAGGUGAAUACACUGAAAGCAAUUGGUAUUCUUUGUAGCAGAUAUUAUCAGUUCUUGUGGGAAAACCAACUGAAAACGUUUUAUUAUAAACAACUUGCUUCCAAAGAUACUUCGUUACUAAUGAAGGCUGAGAUAUUAAACAACAUCGAAAACUUUUUGAAAGAGGAGGACAUUAGAUUAACAGAAGACAAUAAGAACUGGAACAAAAUAUCUAAGCAAACAGAUUUGAAGGAAAUGGAUGACACCUCCUCAGGAAUAGCCAGUCUAGUCAUUCAGUAUUAUCUCAAAGUAAUCCUAAAUUGCUACCUAUACGAUAGCUUGCAGAUUCGCCAAGCUGUUUACAGAGUUGUGCAAAUGAUUUUACGUCAAGGUUUAGUGCACCCUUUACUCAUGGUUCCCUACUUGUUCUGUAUGAGCACAGACUGUGAGCAACCGGUGGCCCUUAGUGCACAUAAACGCUUAUGUGAAAUCGAAUCCAGAUAUCCAGGAUUGAUACACACGAGAUCAUCUUUGGGUAUUCAAUUAUCGUUCCAACUUCAGAAAAUUUUGCAAGGAGAAAAAGUUGUAAGAGGUUUUAAGGUAAAAGAGAAAGAAGAAUAUCCUGUAGCCUUAAACGGAGGUCUUUAUUCACUACUAAGAGGUUCCAGAGAGCAGAGACGAGCUUUAAUAAUAUAUUGUUUGAAACAGUUCGAGGAACCUACUGAACUUGCCUUAUCGUACAUGAUUUAUUUAGCUGACAAUAUGGCUUAUUUUCCCUACCAAGUACAAGAUGAACCCUUGUUUCUGGUUCAUUAUAUUGAUAUUAAAAUCUCAGUCUUCGGAACGAAUUUACUGCAAAACUUUAAGGACGGUCUAAUUUCUGCCAAGAACCAACCAAAAAAUAAAAAUCUUGCCGACAAAAAGGGUGACCUUACUGCUAUUGAUACAGAUGAAGAGGAGGAGGACGAGCAAACUCUCUUAAACCGUCUACCAAAAGAUACGAGCCAGUUACAGGCUUGUAUAUCUGCUGCUCAGGGAUGGUUGCUUCUUCUUAGUCUAAAACAAUACAUCGUGGAUAUAUAUGGACUUAGUAGCGAAAACAUUCAACUGUAUUCUCCAUCAGUAGCUGCCAAAGUAUAUGAGAAACCUGUACAACGUAAAUCAAAUAUCAUGUUUAAUCCAAAAAGUACGUUGGAGAAAUUGCAAGAAAUUUGUUUGGGUAAAAAGCAAAAAGCAAAAAACAAAACUACCCUCGUUAGAGAAUAUAUAGAUUUUAAUAAGUUAGUUAAUUCUAUUUAAAUUAAAAUUGUGUUCGUUUAUAAUUUUAAAUUCGAUUUUAGUGUUAAAGUUAAGUUUAAAACACACUUAAAAUUUCGUUGCAAUAUUUUUCCAAAAAUGACUGUUAUGAAAAAAGGGGUUCAAAUUUAGUUCGAACAAUUUAAAUUAGACUGUAAAACGAUUGCAAAUAGAAAAUUCUCUGGUAGCUAUUAAGAUCCAUUACUGUUUUGUUACGACUUUUGGAAACAUUUU